CCCGACGGGCUGGAGAGGCUUGUGUGUGUUUGCCCUUUCCUCAUGACGUAGUGUCCUGUGUCUCUCUCUCCCCCCUUCUCCCUCUCCUUUUCCCCUCCCUCCUUCCAAACCACCCCCCCCCACCCCCCCUCCCCUUCCCCUCGCAUCCUUGGAAGCAACAAUUAAGCAGCUCUGGGAUAAAACACACAGCCCGCGGGAGCACGGGGGCAUUGCUUCAAGAGAUGGCAAAGCAGGCAGCUGCACCCCUCCUGCCCGGAGUCGUCCUCCUCUUCCUCUCCAUCCUCCCGGCUUCUCAGCAAGGAGGGGUCCCUGGUGCUAUCCCGGGAGGAGGAGUACCAGGAGCAGGCUUUUUCCCAGGUGCUGGAAUUGGAGGUUUGGGAGCAGGACUCGGGGCUGGAGCAAAACCUCCCAAACCAGGGGUCGGAGGACUCGGGGGACUUGGCCCACUUGGCCUGCAGCCAGGUGCUGCAGGACUCUUCCCUGGAGGUGCUUAUCCCGGGGGAGUCUUCCCAGGUGCUGCCUCUGCUGCUGCUCUCAAAGCUGCUGCUAAAGCUGGUGCUGGCAUUGGUGGCGUGGGUGGCAUUGGUGGCGUUGGUGGUCCCGGUGGCCUCGGGGUCUCCACAGGUGCGGUGGUACCGGGCGGGGUACAGCCCGGGGUUGGCGCGGCAGGGAAACCCCCCAAAGUACCAGGUGCUGGGAUUCCCGGAGCUUUCCCGGGCGGUGUGCUCCCGGGUGCAGGUGUCCGUUUCCCUGGUGUAGGGGUGCUGCCCGGGGUACCCACUGGUGCUGGAGUCAAGCCAAAAGGUCCAGGAGCGGGAGGAGCCUUCGCAGGGAUCCCCGGACUGGGAGGUUUUGGAGGUCAGCAGCCUGGUGUCCCUCUGGGGUAUCCCAUCAAAGCUCCUAAGCUCCCAGGUGGCUAUGGAUUGCCCUACAGCACUGGUAAGCUGCCCUACGGCUUUGGGCCUGGUGGGAUAGGAGCUGGCAUCGGAGCGGGAGGAAAGGCAGGGUAUCCCACUGGCACAGGAGUCGGGGCGCAGGCGGCAGCGGCGAAAGCGGCAGCUAAGUUUGGAGCUGGUGUCCUGCCUGGCGCUGGUGGCAUCCCAGGAGUUGGUGGGUUGGUACCCGGUGCUGGUGUUGUGCCAGGAGCUGGAGUUGGAGGGCCAGCGGCGGCGGCGGCGGCGGCGGCAGCGGCCAAGGCAGCGGCCAAGGCAGGGGUGCUGCCCGGGGCCGCCGGUGUCCCCGGCCUCGUACCCGGCGUUGGUGGUGUCCCCGGCUUGGUACCUGGUAUCGGAGGCGUUCCGGGAGCGGUGCCCGGUGUCGGAGGGAUCCCCGGAGCGGUGCCCGGUGUCGGAGGUGUCCCCGGGGCGGUGCCCGGUGUGGGAGCUGUCCCUGGAGUGGCAGGAGUCGGGACGCCGGCGGCGGCAGCGAAGGCGGCGGCGAAGGCAGCUAAAUACGGAGCUGGUGUUGGUGUUCCUGGCAUUGGUGGUGUCCCUGGCGUCCCUGGUGUCCCUGGUGUCCCUGGAGUCCCUGGUGUGCCCGGUGUGGCUGGGGUUCCUGGUGUGGCUGGGGUUCCUGGUGUGGCUGGAGUUCCUGGCGUAGCUGGAGUGCCUGGCGUGGCUGGAGUGCCUGGUGUGGUGCCCGGUGUCGGAGUUGGUGGCCCAGCAGCUGCAGCGGCGGCGGCGAAGGCUGCGGCGAAAGCUGCAGCUUACGGAGCAGGGCGUGUGCCUGGUGUCGGUGUGCCCGGCGUUGGUAUUCCCGGUGUCGGCGUGCCCGGUGUCGGCGUGCCCGGCGUUGGCGUGCCCGGUGUCGGCGUGCCCGGCGUUGGAGUGCCUGGUGUUGGAGUGCCUGGUGUUGGAGUGCCAGGUCUGGUGCCCGGUGGGGUCGGCGUGCCAGGAGUUGGAGGUCCAGCGGCCGCCGCUGCUGCCAAAGCAGCCAAGUACGGAGCAGGUGGCCUGGCUCCUGGUGUAGGUGGUCUAGCUCCUGGCGUGGGUGGCCUUGCUCCUGGUGUUGGUGGCCUUGCUCCUGGUGUUGGUGGCCUUGCUCCCGGCGUAGGUGGCCUGGCCCCCGGCGUUGGAGGUGUCCCAGGGGUAGGAGCUCCUGCCGCAGCGGCGAAGGCAGCAGCCAAGGCAGCCAAAUACGGUGCUGGGGUUGGAGGAGUGCCAGGUGCGGUGCCCGGUGUUCCUGGAGUGCCAGGAGUGCCAGGAGUGCCAGGAGUGCCAGGGGUGACACCCGGCGUUGGUGCUGUGCCCGGAUUGGUACCGGGUGUGGGGGUACCCGGUACUGGCAUCCUCCCCGGGGCAGGCAUCCCUCAAGUAGGGGUGCAGCCUGGUGCUAAACCUCCCAAGUUCGGCGUUCCUGGGGCUGGAGUUCCAGGAGUUGGUGGUGUCCCAGGAGUUGGUGGCAUCCCAGGAGUUGGUGGCAUCCCAGGUGGCCUUGGAGUUGGUGGCCUCGGAGUUGGUGGCCUUGGAGUUGGUGGCCUUGGUGCUGGGGCCUUGUUUCCAGGAGCUGCUGGGAAACCUCCCAAGCCAGGUUUUGGUGUUGGGGGCCUGCAGCCAGGAGCUGGAGUUCCCGGGUUCGGCGUGUCACCGAUAUUCCCAGGUGGGGUAGCUGGCCAGCUGGGCUUCGGUGGGAAGCCCCCCAAGACCUAUGGAGGAGCCCUUGGUGCCCUGGGCUUUAGAGGCGGCGUGGGCUGCGCACAAGGGAAGUACUGCGGGAGGAAGCGGAAGUAACCUUCUGCCAUCACCGAUGACCUCAUGAACUUUGGUGCUACUGCAUGGUCCAGAAUGUAAAUCCCAAGUAAAGCUGAGACAGCACCUCCCCCCCCCCCCCGACCCCCCCUUCCCCAAAACCCCCCACCCCUGCCCUCAAUCCCAGGGCCAUCCCCGGCCCCACGUUCCCGGGAGGGAUCCCUCACCUCCACCAGUGCCUCGUUGUUGUUCGUGUCCGUCCCCCCCAGCCCCUCCGUCUUGGCAGGGAGUGCGGAAAAAACUGUGGGGAGCAACCGUCCCCCUUGGUGCUAUCGCUCCCUGCCGCGUCUGGGCGGGGGUCUUGGGGUGCCACCCCCCCCCCCCCCUGCAGCCUCAGAGCUGACCCUGGAGAGGGGGAGCAAGAUGAGGUGCACCCCGUAUUGGAGGGAGGGAAAGGGGUCCCAGCUGUGUGUGUGUUGUGGGGGGGGGGGGGGGGGGUGUGCACGGGAGGAAUGUCCCUGUCACCUCGGGGUGUCCCCCCUGGAGUCCCUGCAGUGCCCCCGGGCCGGGGGGGGCUGUGGCAGGAGGGGCUCAGUCCCUUCAUGUUACUCACUUUGCUAUAACUGGGUGGGACGCCCUGUACUGAGGGACUCGCUUCCGACAGACUAAUAAAGGACAAGUUUUUAAAGGA